UAAUUACGCACGUUCGUAACGUUCGUUCACAGUCACAGAAUCGCACAGAGAGGAGAGGACACGGGAAAACGACCGCACAAGUGUGAAAGGGGACGUUCCAACCAAUCAGAUCGCUCCACAACGGAGUGCUCUUGACUCUCUGACAAAUCAAAGGGAAGACAUUACGAAUCAAUCUUGGAGCAUCAGGAUAUAUCGGACUCGGGUCCCAUAUGGCUAUGAACCUGAUUACAGCUGGAUAUAAAGUGACUAUUCAUGAUAUGGCUUCAAAGGUUGCUAGGCAAAUAGAUCUUUAUUCGGUGAAGUUCGUGUGUUAGCAUUUUAGCAUAGUGUGGUAUUGCCAGUACUGUUAGGCUCAUGCAUCACCAUAAAUCUCUACUGGACGGUUGGAGCAGUGAAGCUUUCUCUGGCAAGGACUCAGGUCAGCAGCCAUUCAGUUCCAACAUUGGUCUGGGUUCUGUGAUCAAAGGAUGGGAUGAGAGAGUUAUGACCAUGCAAGUGGGUGAAGUUGCUCGUAUCCAGUGCACCCCGAACUAUGCUUAUGAAGCCAGUGGAUUUCCAGCCUGGGGAAUUCAACCAAACUCGGUGCUGGUAUUCGAGGUUGAGGUCCUCAGUGCCCAGUAAUUCGCGUUACAAUUCUGGAUUGAGCCUUGCUAGGUGCGGCACUUGCAAAUUGAUGGCACCGAAAUGAGAGGAGAUGUCCGAGAAGAACAUCAAUGUUGUGUUCCUCAAGCUGGAUUCCAUCCAGGACAAGUUCACCUCUUGCAAAAGGAGCUGGGCAUAAAAGGUUGUGCCAACGUUUAAAAUCCUCAAGGAUGGGAAGUAUGAAGGUUGUCAAGGAUGUCACUGGUGCCAAGGUUGAUGAAUUAGCUCAUGCCAUCAAGACAGUCAAGUCAAGCUACGAAAUGCCCUGAAAGAAGUGCACCAAGUAGCAUGCAAUCACCAGUGAUGAGCCACUCCCUGUUGUGGAAGUGGAUACUGAGCAAGCAGGCAAAAACAUUGUAAUUCUGCUUAUGAUUUACAUUGUAGCCUCUCCCUGCUUGAAAUUUUGUAUUGACAGUGUCCAUGUACAAAGAUUUCAUGGGAUCAAUGUACAAUGUAUCUUGUUAUCUGAAAUAUACAUAUUUAUAUUUUGAAAUAAGCAA